GCACUUUGUCCCCCUUUGGCUUAAAAGGGAGAUUUUUAGCAGCCGAUAGCAGAGAAGACAAGUUUAAGAAAAAAAAUAACACACAAGAUUUUGUUUUAAUUCUUUUCACUGUGGAACUUUUUUUCUUUUAAACAACUUGGUGGAAAUUCAUUCUCAAGGACUAUUGCUGGAUUCCUAAAUAUUUUUGCGGGUUAUAAUAACUUUAGUCAGACAGCAGGCUGGUGUUUCACCAUGAAGCUGACGGGAAUAUUUUUGCUGUUGAUGCUCUGGAGUUGUGAGAGUACCAGAGUCGCAGAGAGCCGAGACGACAAUAGCGUUUAUGACUUGUUUGAGCUCAUCCAAGUCCCCAGUACGAACCGUGGGGUCACACAGGUGAAAGGAGACGACCCGUACAGCCCCGCCUACAAGAUCUUCAACCCGGACCUGAUCCCCCAGGUUCCCGAGAGCGCCUUUAGGGACCUGAUCGAUUCCAUUCAUGCUGAGAGAGGCUUCCUCCUCCUGCUCAACUUCAAGCAGUCCAAACGGACCAGGGGAAGCCUCCUGACCGUGGAGAAGCAGGACGGCUCUGGGCCAGUGUUUGAAAUCGUCUCUAACGGCAAAGCAAACACCUUGGACAUAGUUUUCUCCACCGAGAACAAGCAGCAGGUUGUUUCCAUCGAAGAUGUGGAUCUGGCGACAGGUCACUGGAAGAACAUCACGCUGUUCGUGCAGGAGGACCGGGCGCAGCUGUACGCGGGAUGCGACGAGGUGAAUACCGCCGAGCUGGAUGCGCCAAUUCAGAGCAUCCUGACGCAGGAGACUCCGGCCAGCGCGCGACUCAGGGUUGGCAAGGGAGCCGUGAAGGACAGGUUCAUGGGGGUCCUGCAAAACGUGCGAUUUGUGUUUGGAACAACACUGGACGCCAUCCUCCGCAACAAAGGAUGCCAAAGCUCUGUUACAACUGAUACCAUCAUCCUGAAGAACCUCAAUGGGUCCUCAGCCAUCAGAACAGAGUACACUGGACAUAAGACUAAAGACCUGCAGAUGGUAUGCGGUUUCUCCUGUGAGGACCUGGUCAGCAUGUUUAAGGAGCUGAAGGGCCUCGGUGUGGUGGUCAAGGAGCUGUCCAAUGAACUCCGCCAGCUGACGGAUGAGAAUAAGCUGAUCAAAAAUCGCAUUGGCAUUCACAGUGGUGUUUGCAUCCACAAUGGGAUUGUGCGCAAGAACAGAGAUGAGUGGACCGUCGAUGACUGCACCGAGUGUACUUGUCAGAACUCUGCUACUGUAUGCCGCAAGAUCUCCUGCCCCCUGAUCCCCUGUGCUAAUGCUACUGUGCCUGAUGGAGAGUGCUGCCCACGCUGUGGAACGCCGAGUGACUAUGCAGAGGACGGCUGGUCGCCGUGGUCUGAAUGGACCCAUUGUUCUUUGUCAUGUGGGCGGGGCAUCCAGCAGCGCGGGCGCUCUUGCGACCGUAUCAAUAACAACUGCGAGGGCACCUCUGUGCAGACCCGUGACUGCUACCUCCAGGAGUGUGACAAGCGCUUUAAGCAGGAUGGCAGCUGGAGCCAUUGGUCACCCUGGUCAUCGUGCUCCGUCACCUGUGGUGCUGGUGUCAUCACUCGUAUCCGUCUAUGUAACUCUCCUACCCCUCAGCUUGGAGGCAAGGAGUGUGAAGGAGAGGGCCGGCAAACCGAGAAUUGUCAGAAAUCUGCAUGUCCCAUCAAUGGCAACUGGGGGCCCUGGUCACCCUGGGACACAUGCACUCUCACCUGUGGAGGUGGUAGCCAGACUCGUAAACGCCUGUGCAAUGAUCCUGCACCAAAAUAUGGUGGUAAAGAGUGUGUUGGUGAUGCCAAAGAGACUCAGAAGUGCAACAAGAACGCCUGUCCCAUUGAUGGGUGCUUGUCCAACCCCUGCUUUGCUGGAGCCAAGUGCACUAGUUUCCCUGAUGGUUCCUGGAAGUGUGGAAAGUGCCCAGGUGGCUAUACCGGCAAUGGUAUCAAGUGUAAAGAUAUUGAUGAGUGCAAGGAGGUCCCAGAUGCUUGCUUUGAGUUUCAUGGUGUGCACCGCUGUGAGAAUACAGAUCCUGGCUACAACUGUUUGCCCUGCCCUCCUCGCUACUCAGGACUCCAGCCGUUUGGCCGAGGUGUAGAGCAGGCUGCUGCUAAUAAACAGGUGUGCACACCCCGUAAUCCCUGCCUUGAUGGCAGCCAUGACUGCAACAAAAAUGCCCGCUGCAACUACCUUGGACACUUUGCUGAUCCCAUGUUCCGCUGUGAGUGCAAGCCUGGCUAUGCUGGCAAUGGCCGUAUAUGUGGAGAGGAUACAGACCUGGAUGGAUGGCCCAAUGCUGACUUGGUCUGUGUGGAGAAUGCCACCUACCACUGCAAAAAGGACAACUGUCCCAACCUGCCCAACUCAGGACAGGAAGAUUAUGAUAAAGAUGGCACUGGAGAUGCUUGUGACAAUGAUGAUGACAACGAUGGUAUUCCUGAUGACAGGGACAACUGUCCAUUCGUGUACAAUCCCAGGCAGUAUGACUAUGACCGUGAUGAUGUGGGUGACCGGUGUGACAACUGUCCCUACAAUAGUAACCCGGACCAGACAGACACGGACAACAAUGGGGAGGGAGAUGCAUGUGCUGUGGAUAUCGAUGGAGAUGGAAUAUUGAACGAGAAGGACAACUGUCCCUAUGUAUACAACGUUGACCAGAGAGACACAGAUCUGGAUGGAGUGGGAGAUAUGUGUGAUAAUUGCCCUCUGGAGCAUAAUCCUGAUCAGGUGGAUUCAGACGAUGACCGUGUGGGAGACAAGUGUGACAGUAACCAAGACAUUGAUGAGGACGGACAUCAGAACAACCUUGAUAACUGCCCAUACAUCCCCAACGCCAACCAGGCUGACCAUGACAAGGACGGCAAGGGAGAUGCCUGUGACCAUGAUGAUGACAAUGAUGGCAUCCCUGAUGACAAAGACAACUGCAGACUGGCCUUCAAUCCUGAUCAGGUGGACUCAGAUGGUGAUGGCCGUGGAGAUGCUUGCAAAGAUGACUUUGAUCAAGACAGUGUUCCUGACAUCUAUGAUGUGUGUCCUGAGAACUUUGACAUCAGUGAGACAGACUUCCGCAAGUUCCAGAUGGUUCCGUUGGAUCCAAAGGGCACAUCCCAGAUUGAUCCUAACUGGGUUGUCCGCCAUCAGGGCAAGGAGUUGGUUCAGACUGUCAACUGCGACCCUGGCAUUGCUGUUGGUUACCAUGAGUUCAAUUCAGUAGACUUCAGUGGGACUUUCUUCAUCAACACAGAGAGGGAUGAUGAUUAUGCUGGCUUUGUGUUCGGCUACCAGUCCAGUUCCAGAUUCUAUGUGGUGAUGUGGAAGCAGAUCACACAGACCUACUGGUCAAAUAAACCCACCAAAGCCCAGGGCUACUCUGGCCUGUCUAUUAAAGUGGUUAACUCCACUACCGGCCCAGGAGAACACCUCAGGAAUGCCCUCUGGCACACAGGCAAUACCCCAGGACAGGUUCGCACUCUCUGGCAUGACCCUAAGAACGUUGGAUGGAAAGAUUUUACUGCCUAUAGGUGGCAUCUGAUCCACAGGCCGAGAACAGGACUUAUUCGAGUUGUGAUGUAUGAGGGUAAGAAAAUCAUGGCCGAUUCUGGUAGCAUCUAUGACAAGACAUAUGCAGGUGGCAGACUAGGUCUUUUUGUCUUCUCUCAAGAGAUGGUAUACUUCUCAGACCUCAAGUAUGAAUGCAGAGAUGCAUGAAUGACGCAGCACAGGAAGCUCUGAGGAAUGCACCUUUUUGUAUAAAGUAUGAACAUAUAUUCUCAUGCAAAGUCCAGGGACUGAUCUCCGCAACUCUUUCUUCUGUGGCACGCACACUCAGAGCGAAAGGCAUGUGGUCUGCCUCAGGGUAACUUGAAGCUUUUUGGGCAGGGCACCAACCAGCUGACUGCCAGUUGAGGAUCAGAGAUCCCUUAGCAUCCAUGAGACCAGGGAAAGCUGGAGAAACAAAACUAAGAAUCCCUUUGGCUUUGCCAUUAGGACACCAGCUUCUUUCUAUGCCAACGCUAUCUGCUAUGCUACUCUCUGAAAGACCUCAUUCAUCUCUGUGCUCCUAAUAGAUAACUAUGCACUUCCAAGCCUUUACAUCUCUCUCUGUCUUUCUGUCUCAAUUCUUCAGCCUGUGUGCCUUUCUACCUUACUUUCAAGAUGGACAUCCCAAAGAAAAAAAAUGAAUAUUUCCUUUGCUUUACAAGACCAAACCAGGAUGUAGAUUCUGAAUGAUACAACUUUUGAGGACUCAGCAUUAUUAUUAUUUAGGAAUUUGUAUUGUUGCAGCUUAAGAAAAGUGUUGAGAGUUAGAAAUAAUGACAAUGUGAUGUAUGUUUGCGUUCAUGCAUGUACUGUGUGUGAAAGACUAGCGAUGAAUGGAACAAGGAAGUUCUUUUACCUGUCUAAGAAUCUGCAGAGAAGAACUGUGGAUAAGAGAAUGGUAAAUUGCAUUAGCUAUCUUUUUCAUACAAAUAUCAGAGGUUUUGCUGAUGUUGUCUGGUUAUCGAAACAACUCUCAGGACUAGAUGGAAGUGGUGAUCUUCCCACAUUAAACCAGUAAAAAAAAAAAUGAUGAAUCUGUUUCACAAAGCAAUUGCUGAAGCCAGUUCUACCACCAAUAUAUUCUCAGUCUCACAUCUAAAACUGAAUAUUGAAGAGAUUAAUCUCUCACAGUUUUUGAGGAUUUAAAUAUAAAAAGAUGUAAAUACAUGUACUUUAUUGACUGUUGCCUACAAUGUAGACAGCAAACAAAGUUUGAGUACUUUUAAAAAGUAAAUAAAAUCCUUCCAAUUCCAGUGGUUAUAAUACAGUGAAAAUUGACAUAAAACCAGAAAAAGAUAAUUGUCAGGCACAGGAAGCAUGCUCUUGUUAUUGUCUGUCAUCUCCUACUGUACAAAUCCGAUCAGUCUUCUUCAGAUAAAGCUGCUUAGUAUGAAGUGUAUAUGACUUGUGUACCUUUUCUUCAGAGAGAGAUGAAAAACAAAGGAAAUCUUUGAUGUACAAUUAUUACCUCAUUUUCUGUUGUAUAAUUCGAUCAAACAAAAACACAACCUAAGUACUUUUUCAUAUACCUUUGAAAUGAUGGACAUCUUAGUGCUACUGUAGCAUGAACUGUAAAUACUAUGACAUUUCAUAUCUACAAAUGCAGCAAAGCUCCCAGUCCCAUGAUCUAUGCCAGUAAAAAUGACAAUAAAAUGGGAGACUUCUUUUUUAUAAUUUGCUUUAUCAUGUAUGUCCAAUGCGGUUUUAGCAGAUAAAUUAUUGCUCUGUUUGUCUUAGCUGUUUGUGGGAUGUUGAUUUGUGUCUGUGUGUGUGUGUGUGUGUGUGUGUGUGUGUGUGUGUGUGUGUGUGUGUGUGUGUGUGUGUGUGUGUGUUUGUGUGCGUGUAAGUAGAAAAAUGCUAUUUAAAUAAUUUAUCAGGAUCUGUUGCCUUACAAAAGGCUGCAUGUCCAUCUGUAUAAAUGGUUUGCACACUGACGUGAGGAUGUUCUGUUCUUUAUCGUUUUUACCUUUUUUUUGUUAAUGUGUAUCAAUGUUACCAUUAUUUUUGUACAAUUAGCUUGGCUUGUCUGUAAACAUUUUCUUAGUUGUACGAAGCAAAAUGCUGUCUUUAUUCAUAGUGACUAUUUUGUUACAUACUUUAAGACAAUAAAUAGUUGUUGAAAUUCUCAAA